UCAAAUCGUUUCGCUGCCGCUAUCAGUGGAUGCCGCGUGAUGCCUCCAGCGAACCAGACAGUGGCCCACUGCCCCUACGGGGAAGUUGGGGGUUGCUUGGGCUGCUGGCGUUUUAGUGGACUCUGCUCGCGGAUUACAGGGGACGACAGGCAGAGUGCGUGGAGAUGCUAGCGCAACGGGGCAGGUGGCGCAAGCGAAAUCGAAAAGCAGGCCGCCCAUUGGCUGGUGCGACUGCCCACCUCGUAACAUGCAAAAGGUACAUUGGAUACUGCACAUGGACUGUUGCAGCGAGCGACGGCUGGUGAUGCACCGAACGAUACAGUUCUGUUCCAUUAGCAUUGAUGGACAUGGACCUGCACGUCCAGCCUCAUGGCGAGCAAGGAAGAACACGGUAGCGCUGAUCACUGCUACACCAGGUCUAGAUGCCUCGACCCGGGAUCGCUGGGACUGUAUUGGCGCUGCUCGCUCUUCACCAGUCGGAAUACAUGGACGAAUCGAGGUGGCAUCGGUCCUUCGCUGCAUCCAAGGGAUCUCGCUCCAAAUCCAAAGGACCCAGCAGGGGAGGGAGCCUUGCCUUGCCUUGCCUUGGUACUCGUGUCAGCACCAUCACACCGCUGGCACUUUGGGUACCUGUACUUGUUCCUGUACCUACUCAACUCGUACUCUCUUUCGUCUUGGUGCGGGCACUUGGAAGCAUGCAGUCGAGCAAGGGACUGGAUUCCUAGUACCUGCCCGCCUCGCCUCGCCAAACUGUUUGGCAUCCCCAGCUAAAAGUACUAGCGACGAUCUACUGGACAGGCUUCCCACGGCUUGUUCAACGAUCCGUAUUGCAUCAUCGCAUCGUGUUCGUUAUACUGUAACAUCUGAUGGCAUUGUUUUACAGACAGACAGACGACUUGAGAAGCUACAUGCAUGAACCACUUGUAAAUUCAACUGAACUGAUACAUAAUAGCCAGACCUGCUCAGGCUUGCCUGACUGGCCAUCUCCAUCCCACGAUGAACCCUUACUCGUGUCAGGC